AUCAUGGAAGGCGUCGAACGCCCCGUCUUACUGGUUGGUGAAACUGGGACAUCGAAAACUGCAAUAGUCACCAAUUUCUUACGCGGAUUACCGCCUGAGAAAUAUUUGGUCCAACAAAUGAACUUCUCAUCGCGAACAUCAUCGAUGGAUGUACAGCGCAACUUGGAGUCGGUGGUGGAGAAGCGAACGAAGGACACCUUCGGUCCACCAGUGGGGAAGAAGAUGCUGGUCUUCAUUGAUGAUAUGAAUAUGCCUAUUGUGGACAAGUACGGGACUCAGCAGCCCAUAGCUCUGUUGAAGCUGCUCUUUGAAAGGAAAGGUUUCUACGACCGCGGCAAGGACCUCAACUGGAAGAACAUCAAGGACGUAGGAUUCCUAGCUGCUAUGGGGAAAGCUGGUGGUGGAAGAAACGAUGUGGACCCUCGCUUCAUAUCAAUGUUCUCAGUAUACAACCUGCAGUUUCCAUCAGAGAACACAUUACGUCAUAUCUACGUGUCCAUCCUGAAGGGACACUUCGACAUCUUCCCUGAAGACAUACAGAACAUUGUUGACAAGAUCGUGCAGAUGACCUUGGAUUUGUAUAAGAUAAUAAUAGUGGACCUGCCCCCAACGCCGACGAAGUUCCACUACAUAUUCAACCUGCGCGACCUGUCCCGUAUAGCGGCGGGCAUGUGUCUCACACACCCCAACUACUUCAGUGAGAAGCGAUGCGUUGUACGGUGCUGGAGGAACGAGUUCACUCGAGUCAUAUGUGACAGACUCAUUAGUACACAGGACAAUGAUUUAAUGCGCGAGCACAUCCACGAGCAAGUGGUGAAGUACUUCCCGGAGGAGGAGCCAGUCGUACUCGAGGAGAUAGUCGUGCCAGAGGAGGAAAUCAGGAAUGAGGAGGAUGAGGAAGUUGAUGAAUUAGGCAUGAUACCUGAACAGAAACAAGAGCCAGAGAUGGCAGUUCCUGAAAUGGUUGAGGAAGAAGAAGAGAUCGAGCCUGAACACGAAUAUACGUUGGAAGAGUACGUGUUCCGCGAUCCACUGUUGUUCGGAGACUACCGCAACGCUUUAGAUGAGGAGGAGAUCAGAUACUAUGAAGAUCUGCUCGACUAUGAAGCUGUCUACUUCUUGUUCCAAGAGAUCCUGGACGAGUACAACGACCGUAUCGGCAAGAUGUCGGUGGUACUGUUCGAGGACUGCUUGGAACACUUGACGCGAACACACCGUAUACUGCGCAUGGACCGCGGGAACGCUCUCAUCAUCGGCGUCGGUGGCUCCGGGAAGAAGUCCAUCUGUAGACUCGCUUCUUUUGCUGCUGGGUGCGACACAUUUGAGAUUGUAAUUACUCGCAAUUACAACGAGAACACGUUCAAAGAUGACAUGAAGCGGUUGUACAACGCGCUCGGAUGUGAUAAUAAGAAAACUGUCUUCCUAUUCACUGCUGCACAGAUCAUAGAAGAAGGUUUCCUGGAGUUCAUCAACAAUAUUUUGAUGAUCGGAAUGAUUCCCGCUUUGUUUGGUGACGAUGAGAAAGAUGCCAUCAUUAAUACUGUACGCGCUGCUAGUGAUGAAGCUGGAUUUGGAGUUGGCAAAGAUUCCGUAUGGCACUUCUUCUGCUCGAGAUGUGCUGAAAAUCUUCACGUAGUACUAUCCAUGUCUCCUAGCGGUGACAUAUUGAGGAACAGGUGUCGUAGUUUCCCCGGGCUAGUGAACAAUACCACGAUCGACUGGCAGUUCCCGUGGCCCAAGCAGGCGCUGUUAGCUGUCGCCAAUGUAUUCCUUGCCGAUGUAGAGAAAAUCCCAGAAGAGUUUCGCCCAAUAAUAGUAGAGCACGUAGUCCACGUACAUAUGUCCGUGGCGCACUACUCACUGGAUUUCUUACUGCGUCUGCGCAGGAACAACUACGUCACGCCCAAACAUUACAUGGACUUCCUCACUAAUUACUUGUCGUUGCUGAAGGAGAAAGAUGCUUUUAUUGUUGCUCAGUGCGAGCGUUUGAUCGGUGGAUUAGCUAAGAUUGAAGAAGCCAAUGUUCAACUCGAAGACUUGAACGCCAAGCUUGCGAUACAGAAAGUUAUUGUAGCUGAACAGACGAAAGAAUGUGAGACAUUACUCGCUGAGAUCUCGAAAGCUACAACCGCAGCGACAGCAAAGCAAACAGUAGCGUCCAUAAAGUCAGCAGAGAUCACGGAGCAGAGCAAAAUAAUAUCUGAAGAGAAGGCGGAGGCCGAGGAAGUAUUGUCAGCAGCACUACCGGCCUUGGAAGCUGCCAGGCUCGCUCUAGCUGACCUUGACAAGAAUGAUAUCACUGAGAUCCGAUCUUUUGCCACGCCUCCUGAGGCUGUGCAGGUGGUCUGCGAAUGUGUAGCAAUAAUCCGAGGAGUGAAGGACAUAAGUUGGAAGGGAGCCAAGGGUAUGAUGGCGGACCCCAACUUCCUCCGCAACCUGCAGGAAAUGAACUGCGACCUCAUCACACAAGGACAGGUCAAGGCUGUCAAGACACAUAUGAAGAAGAGCAAGAAACUUGAUACUAUGCAGCAAGUCAGUAAGGCUGGCUACGGCCUCCUAAAAUUCGUAAUCGCCGUACUUGCAUACUGCGCUGUUUACAAAGAAGUUAAACCAAAGAAGGAGAAAGUGGAAGCUUUAGAAAAGGAAUAUACGGAGGCAUGUAAUUAUUUAGCGUCAUUAAACCGCGAGAUAGAUCGGUUACAACGUACACUAGACGGACUGAACCGUAAGUACGAGACCGCGAUGCUGAGAAGACAGGAACUGCAGGAGGAAACUGACAUCAUGAUGCGACGGUUAAUCGCAGCAGACAAGCUAAUGUCAGGUCUAUCAAGCGAACAAAAGCGUUGGACAGAAGAUUUAGCAGCGUUGUACGUGGAACAAUCACGUUUGAUCGGCAAUUGUCUUCUAUCAGCUUCGUUCUUGAGCUACGCCGGCCCUUUCUCCUUCUCGUUUAGACAGACCAUGAUAUAUGAAGACUGGUUGGGCGAUGUCCUCGAACGAGGGAUCCCGUUAACCACUCCAUUCACCAUAGAGAAGAAUUUGACUAAUGAGGUCGAGAUUAGUGGUUGGAACUCCGAAGGUCUACCUCCAGAUGAGCUGUCAGUUCAGAACGGCAUACUCACAACGAGGGCCUCCCGAUUUCCGCUCUGUAUCGAUCCUCAAACACAAGCUCUAUCGUGGAUCAAGAGGAAGGAGACCAAAAAUAAUCUUAAGGUGCUAUCAUUCAACGACCCUCAGUUCCUUCGUCAGCUGGAGAUGGCUAUCAAGUACGGCAUGCCCGUGUUGUUCCAAGAUGUCAACGAGUACAUUGACCCUGUGGUAGAUAAUGUACUUGAGAAGAAUAUUAAAACGGAGAGCGGUCGUACAUUCGUAAUGCUGGGUAGUUCAGAAGUAGACUACGAUCCCCACUUCCGAAUGUAUCUCACCACGAAGCUCUCCAACCCACAGUUCAACCCCGCCACCUACUCCAAGGCGGUCGUCAUCAACUAUACUGUCACUGUGCAGGGUCUAGAAGACCAGCUCCUCAGCGUAGUAGUACGUGCUGAGCGAUCAGACUUGGAGGAACAGCGUGAGAGUCUGAUCAUAGAGACCAGUGCCAACAAGAGUCUACUGUCAGGACUCGAAGACUCACUACUGAGAGAGUUGGCCACUUCUACAGGCAACAUGCUGGACAAUGUGGAGCUCGUCAACACCUUGGAGAAUACUAAGGCUAAAGCUGCUGAAGUAAUGGAGAAACUGCAACUAGCGCUGAUAACAACGCGGGAUAUAGAGAUACUCCGCGACGGGUACCGACCGGUGGCCAAACGCGGCUCCAUCCUCUUCUUCGUGCUAUCGGACAUGGCCGGCGUGAACGCCAUGUAUCAGUACUCGCUGUCUUCUUAUUUAGAUGUGUUUUCGUUCGCUCUGCGCAAAGCGAUGCCGAAUGUAAUUCUGACGAAACGUUUGAAGAACAUCAUAGAUAUGCUCACCAAGAACGUUUAUGACUACGGAUGUACAGGUAUAUUCGAGCGCCACAAGCUCCUAUUCUCUUUCCAAAUGAACAUAAAGCUGGAACAAAGCGAAAACCGCGUCUCACAAAUGCAGCUCGACUUCUUCAUCAAGGGAAACAUCUCCAUUGAGAAGUCAGCGCGACAGUGUCCUGCUUCUUGGAUACCUUCACAGGGUUGGCAAGAUAUAAUGAAGCUGAGCUUGGACUUCCAGAAUUCCUUCAGUGCUCUGCCAGACAACGUCAGCAGAAAACUGAAUGAGUGGCAAGAGUGGUUCGACAGCGACACUCCAGAAGCGAACGAGAUCCCGAACCAUUACCGCGACAAGUUGCAACCGUUUGAGAUAUUGAUGCUGCUUCGAUGUUUCCGCGUGGACCGCAUCUACCGCGCGCUCACUGACUACAUCACCGUCACCAUGGGCGAGGAGUACAUCACGCCGCCUGUUAUCAGUCUAGACAUGAUAUUCGAGCAAACGACCCCGUUCACUCCGGUAGUCUUCAUCCUAAGCCCCGGUUCAGAUCCUACAGCUGACCUGAUGAAGCUGGCUGAUAGAUGCGGCUUCGGAGGCGGCAAGUUCAAGUACCUGUCUCUAGGUCAGGGGCAGGAAGGGGCGGCCAUAGCGCUACUGGAAGGCGCGAUAUCCCAUGGACAAUGGCUGAUUCUCCAAAACUGUCACUUAUUGGUAUCAUUCCUACGUGAGCUGGAGAAACAACUGGAGAUGAUGACGAAGCCGCACCCCGAGUAUAGACUAUGGCUCACUACUGACCCAACACCGACGUUCCCUAUUGGGAUCUUACAGAGAUCGCUUAAAGUGGUAACGGAGCCGCCUAAUGGUUUGAAGCUGAACCUCCGCAACACAUACUUCAAGAUGCGCAGUCAUGCACUGGAGGAGUGCAUACACCCACAGUUUAAGAAGUUGGUUUAUGUCCUCGCUUUCUUCCAUGCUGUCGUACAGGAGCGGCGCAAAUACGACAAGAUCGGAUGGAAUAUAUCGUACGACUUCAGCGAGUCGGACUUCGUGGUCUGCAUGCAGAUACUGCAGUGUUACCUCGACCGGUGCUACGACGUGCGGGGACCUACGCCUUGGGCCACGCUCAAAUAUCUGUUUGGAGAGGUGAUGUACGGCGGGCGAGUAAUAGAUGACUUUGACCGUCGCGUAGUGGGCACCUACAUGGAAGAGUACCUGGGAGAUUUCCUGUUCGACAAGUUUCAACCAUUCCACUUUUAUUGUGAUUCUACCUUCGAUUAUGUGAUCCCGCCUGAUGGGGAGAAGGAACAGUAUAUUGAGUUCAUAGACACCCUUCCUCUGGCGAAUACCCCUGAAGUGUUUGGGUUGCACCCUAACGCAGAGAUCGGAUACUUCAGCCAGGCCGUGCGGGAGAUGUGGGGACAUCUCAUCGAAUUACAACCGCAAACCAGUGAGAGUGGUGGUGCGAUGAGUCGCGAGGACUUUAUCGACCUGACAGCUUUGGAUGUAUUGUCCAAGCUGCCGCAGCCGUACGAGAUCUGGCGCGUGCGCAAACAGUUCGAGAUGAACAUUACUCCUACACUGGUCGUGUUACUGCAGGAACUUGAGAGAUUCAACCGUUUAAUCCUACGAAUGCGAUCGACCCUCACACUCCUCCGGAAAGCAUUAGCUGGAGAGAUAGGCAUGGACGCAGUACUGGACAACGUGUCGUACUGCAUGUUCAACGGACAACUGCCACAGGUGUGGAGGAGCCUGGCCCCCGCCACUUGCAAGGGGCUCGGGGGGUGGAUGGACCACUUCAUUGCCAGGACUAAACAGUAUAGUGAUUGGGCAACAAUGGAGGAACCGGUAGUAAUCUGGCUAUCAGGUCUCCACAUCCCGGAGUCGUACCUGAUAGCUCACAUCCAGAUAGCGUGUCGCCUGUACACCUGGCCACUCGACCGCUCCACGCAGUUCACCAGGGUCACCAGCUGGGUCUCCGCUGACGAAAUCGAGGAGAGACCUGUUACGGGUUGCUACGUCCGAGGUUUGUACUUGGAAGGUGCGCGCUGGGAUCUAGAAGAUACCUGCCUGCGACGCUCGCACCCGAAGGUGCUGGUCACCGAGCUGCCCAUCAUGUACGUCAUACCCAUUGAGGCACACAAACUGAAGUUACAGAAUACACUACGUACGCCAGUCUACACGACAUCGCAACGCCGCAACGCAAUGGGAGUCGGUCUGGUCUUCAACUCCGACCUUUGGACCGCGGAACACCCUAGCCAUUGGAUCCUACAAGGCGUUUGCCUUAUUAUGAACACUGAUUAAUUAAGAGUUUACGUUUUAGUGGCGCUAGUGUCGAAAAUGGUCGUUAAGGCCCUAGAAAGACGAAUAACGCAUUACAUUUGCUAUUUAGACUUCUGUCUACCCCUUUGGGGAAAAGUCAGAAUGUUAUGUUAUAGACUAAUAUUAUGUUGAGGGUAUCUUUUAGACAAUUUUAAGGAAUGUAGAAUUUAGUUGGCUUUCGUGGUGCCAGUUGUCUCAAAAAUCUCUGGGAUAUUGUCUACAUAGGCAGUGAAGAGUGUAGGCAUUAUUCGCGAUAUUCUCACACAUACUAGUGUGUUUAAUAAAUAAUCCGUGUAUUGUGUUUUGUGACGCAAUUUGAGUAUUAAUAACAAACCACUGCCUAUACAAGAAUCUAGUCAGGAAAGCGACCUGUUUUUAGAAUUAUGUUGUCUCAUUAUAAGGUU